AUGAACUCCAUGCAAAUGAUGAAGCUCAAAGAAGCCGCAGAGGAGCAAGCACAACGGUCUUCAGAUGGAGUCACUUGCGCCGAUAUGAACACGACCGUCAAAGCCGAUCUGGCCACGCUCGUUGCAGCCACCGUGAUGUUCAACGCUACAUACGAGCCACUGAAAUCCCUCGAGGUCAUCAACAGUGGAUUUGCAGUUGCAAGAGACCCGAUCGCCUCGUACGACAAAGAGAACCAAGGCUUCAUGCCGGGUGUGAGCCAGAGAUGUGAUUCAGAUCAAUUGUUUCAGAAAGCAUGUCGCGGAGGACUCAAGCUCGAGAAUACUUUGGAUUCAGGCAUUUGGAUUGUGAUUACCGAGAGCGUAGCGCAUAACCUCCGCCCAGCUUCCACUAGUCAGGACUUCAUACGCGCAUUGCAGAUAUGUUACGUCUAG